AUGUCGUUAUCGCAAGAGGAUCCAAGGGACCGCCAGGCGUUCGUGGCCUUCCACCGCCUGGGCCACAAGGGCCUCCUGGUGAGCAGGGAGGCCCAGGGCCACGUGGUCAACCCGGCUAUGAUGGGGGCCCCGGCUUGGAUGGUGUGGAUGGUGGACCCGGAGAAGAUGCCGACUAUUGCCCUUGUCCUGAUCCACCGCCAACAGAUCGGUCGCCUCACACCAUCGGUAACGCUGAGCAGCCAGGAAGCGCCGUGGAUUCGUAAGAUCAAGCGUGUCUCAAAAAGCGCCCUCGUCACUCAACAACAAAAAGCGGAAGGGGUGAUCAGGCGAAGCAGGAGUCAAGCCAGGACACCUGGACAACAGCAGCCCGAUCAUUCUGCCGUCAUUGUAAACCAACAUAAGACAACAAAUAGCACCAAAACCCAAGCA